AACAGCCAGGGGCAGAAGGCUCUCCCGGAACUCUGCAGCCGCAGCGGCUCUGAUUAUUUCAACAUCGGGGGUUCGGUCCAACAUGGCGGCUUACGGAUGGAAAUACUGAUGACAGUCCGCAAGAUCGCCUCGAUUUGUACGAUGGGCGCCAAUGCCUCUGCCUUGGAAAAGGAGAUUGGACCGGAACAGUUUCCCGUAAAUGAACACUACUUUGGACUGGUCAAUUUUGGCAACACCUGCUACUGUAACUCAGUGCUGCAGGCUCUGUAUUUCUGUCGACCGUUCAGGGAGAAGGUGCUGGCAUACAAGGUGCAGCCUCGUCGUAAGGAGUCCCUCCUCACGUGUCUGGCCGACUUAUUCAACAGCAUCGCCACUCAGAAGAAGAAAGUUGGAGUCAUCCCUCCCAAGAAGUUCAUCUCCCGGCUGAGAAAAGAAAAUGAGCUGUUUGACAACUACAUGCAGCAGGACGCCCAUGAGUUCCUCAACUACCUCCUCAACACCAUCGCAGACCUGCUGCAGGAGGAGAAGAGCCAGGAGCGACAGCAGAAUGGAAAACUGGUACAGAACGGAGGGGGAGGAGGAAGUGAAGGGGGAGGAGGAGGAGGAGGAGGUGGUGUUGGUGGUGGUGGAGGAGGUGGUGAAGGGGAAGGUGGAAAGGAGACGCAGCAGACGUGGGUCCAUGAGAUCUUCCAGGGAACUCUGACCAAUGAGACACGCUGCCUGAACUGUGAAGCUGUGAGCAGUAAAGACGAGGACUUCCUGGAUCUGUCGGUGGAUGUGGAGCAGAACACGUCGAUCACGCACUGUCUCAGGGGCUUCAGCAACACAGAGACACUAUGUAGUGAAUACAAGUAUUACUGCGAGCAGUGUCGCAGCAAACAGGAAGCUCAGAAACGGAUGAGGGUAAAGAAGCUACCUAUGAUCCUCGCCCUCCACCUAAAGCGCUUUAAAUACAUGGACCAGCUGCACCGCUACACCAAACUGUCGUAUCGCGUCGUCUUCCCCCUGGAGCUCCGCCUCUUCAACACAUCUGGGGACGCCACCAACCCCGAUCGCAUGUAUGACCUGGUGGCUGUCGUUGUACACUGUGGCAGUGGUCCCAACCGCGGGCACUACAUCACCAUCGUCAAGAGCCACGGCUUCUGGCUGCUGUUUGAUGACGACAUCGUAGAGAAAAUUGAUGCGCAGGCGAUUGAGGAGUUCUACGGUCUGACAUCAGACAUUUCCAAGAACUCUGAGUCAGGAUACAUCCUGUUCUACCAGUCCAGAGACUGAACCGGCCAGCGGUAAAUCCCCAACAGACUGUCACUCAACAGAUGGGAGGAGCUAAUGGCGACCACUGGCACGGCCCAGUAUGCUCACAUAAGUAUCCAGGCUUUAUUUCCUGUAGGCGGAGCUUUGCACUGGAGCGCCACUCGGAUGGGUUGAGUCGUGUGCAGGUGGCGUGCCAGCCUCCUGGAUUACAGUCAUGAAAUCAGCACUGAGUCCACACUGCAACAAGCACCUUAAAACGCAAAAAUGGCCGAUUCCGCUCGCUUUGCACUGUGGUAUCAGCUGGUGAAGACUUGGGUAACACCAAUCCACGAGGCUGACAUCGCCGUGCCCACUGUGGUUUGGAGGUGAAAGCAGUUGACACAGAGUAACCAGUCGACUGUUUGGAAUGAGACGCGUAAGCAAAUCGUCUCGGACGCCGCGGUUGCCAUGAGUGUCAUCAGAGUCUUCUUUAGCAGUUUUUCGUGUGACAUAUUAUACCGUGCUAAUUUAGCUCUCCACAGCGGCUGUAAAGCUUCUCGUGGCUUUACAUUAACAUACCUGUGUUUACCCUCAAAGCAAAUUCCCAAAAGUAAUAUCUGAAGUUCCAUUUGUCACAACAAAACCACUGACCCUACGUUCAGUGACUGAACAGCUUGAAUGUGGGUUCGUUAGCUAGUUAGCGUUUGUAUCAUGAAUUGGGGUUAAUAGCAGGUGGUGUUACAGACAGCGUGGAAUGAAAACCAGCCACCAGAGAGCAGUUGACACAUCUGAUCAGGAUCCGUUAUUUUCAGUUUGCAUUUGUCUUUAUUUUGAAUAAUAAAAACCUAAUUCACUAUAAUUAUCAGCGGUUUGUCAGGAGUUGAUUUCAAAUUAUCUGGCAUGUGUAACUCCACGGUUCAGGCUUAAAUUAAUAACAAGCCUUUUCUACUUUCUGUGGCUGGUUGUUUCGUGCCACAAAGGUGAAAAACUCAACAAGGGACGAUACUGAAUGAAGUAUUUCAACAACAUAAGCUAAUUUUUUUCUUUCUUUUUUUUUUUUUACACAAACUCUGUGUGGCUUUGACAGUGAAUCUCGUUUGCAGUUAGCUUUACAGGCUUCAUGUUUUAAAAUGCCAGAAUAUGCACAUUUUUACCACUUUUUUUUUUGUUAACGAAGGCUUCCGAUCUGCCACACUACAUCCAUGUUUUGUUGUGUCAUGUGCAGCUGUUUCAGUACUCCUCAUAAGUUCAGCCACUCUCUGGCAAAUUUCAGGGUCUGUCUUGCAGCUGCAGCCCUGGCAGGAACUCGGAUCUUUUACAUAACUUGUUUUUCACUCCGGAAUCAUAAAUUGCUGCCCUGUAAUGCUGAGUGGUGGUAGCGGUCUGCUGUUGGUUGACUACAUGGAGCAUUUAAUGCAGUACAACUGUCUCAGCAGUUUAAAAUGGCUUUCUCUUCCUCUAAAUAUAACAGAAGAAUAGUUGGAGUGAUAGUUCUUCAGAUUGUCUUUAUGUAUAAGCCUCUUAGUUUUCUCUCAAACUCAACUCAAGCAGAAAGUCCUCUUCAUCUUCUACUUCUUCCGUACCUCUUCCAUCUCCUUCUUCCUCCUUCUUCUUUAGAUUAUUCUACUCUUCUUCUUUUUACUCCUCUUUCUACAUCUCAGCCUCCUUCUUUUUACUCCUCUGCCUACUUUCUCUCUUCUUCCAACUAACCCUCCUUGUUUUCUUCCUCGUUCUUCUUUGUCCUCUCCACAACUUCUCCCUCUUCCGCGUCCUCGCCUCCUCCUUCUUUACCGCUCUCUAUUUCUUCUCCUCCUCUAAUUCUUUGCAUCCCUUUUCUCCUCCCUCACUGCCUCCUCCUUUGUCUCCUUUGCCUCUUUCUUCUCCUCCUCCUCCUAUGCUUAGAUAUAUGUAUUCCAGACCAGCCAGCUAGUGUACUAUGGGGAGAUAUUUACUGAAUUUAGUAAAACCUCUAUUAGAUUACAAUGACUUACUCCACCUUUAAUCAGUUACAUGAUUUAACUCAAAUCUGAAAAAUGACUGUGAAAGAUUUGUGUCGUUGUACUGCUUCCAUUAGCAUUAUAAAGACCAAAUAUUAAACAGUCCCUGGCUGGUAAUCCUCACGUUUUGUGUAAUUACUGCGCUAGGAGUUUAGAAGAAAGCCAUUUUAAAGCCUCUGCUCCCUUGAGCCUGCUGAUCGGAUCAUUUUCCACUUGUGUUAUUUUUUUUAUCAAGUGCACAAGCUUAGUUAGAGUAUAUUUGACACUGCCAAGCCCAUGAAGCUCCACCCAACUGGGGCUGUCUGGAUUAACAAGUAAGCUCACCCUUCUAACUUCUUCAUCAUGACAGAGCUGAAGCAGAUGGAAAGUGAGUGGAAAAUUGUUCGCUGUGGCCUUUAACGUGUUUAUAUUAUACAGUAGUUGAGCGAGCAGCCAGCAGAUGAAGUAUUAUCUGAAUGUUAAAAUGUACAAUUAAAUGGAAAUAGGAGUCCUGUAACAAACAGUGGAUUUGGGAGCAUUUCAAUAAAUCUGACGUCACGUCUGUUACGACGAGAAAAACUCCGACCGCAGCAGGUGUUGGGACACCUGGAUGUUGCUGGUUUUGCUGACCGUUUUCACUUUACCGUAUCCUCAUCUGGGAUGGCCAUCCUCCAUAUAGACCCAGAAAUCAAGCAUUUUAUAAAUUAACCGAGAUAUUAAAAAACAGUGUGAACGGUGCAAAAGCUGUUUUUAAAUACCUGCAUGACCUAGGAAGUUGUAGGUUUUAUCCUGCCUUGUUGGAUUCAGGAGGGUUUAAUGCAGCCCUAGCUUUGACCCAGUAUGGCAAACUAGAAAUUAUUUGCGAAAAAAAAAUCAAAAUAGCCUCUCUACUUCAUUUACUUUGAAGAGUAUAAUUAGCGCGAUUGCUCUAUAUCUGCCCCGGUAAUGUUAAAACAGUGGCUACGUUUACCUGGCCAAUAUGUUUUCAGUAAAGUCAAAUUUAUUCUUUUUAGAUAUUCCAAGUUAGCUGGUUAAGUGGGCAUGGAGGGGGAGGGUUUUAUUUCCAACUUCAUUGACAGUGUUUUCAGUGUAGCUGCCCACAUGGUGUUGUUGUUUCUCUCUGUCCUGGAACCUCAUCACCUGAUGUUUACCCCAAAUGGUGCAAACCACCUCAGAAAAAAACUGACGCAUUCCAAACAGAGAGAAACCAGCACACAAGUUAUAUUUUCCAAAAGAACAGAUUAUCAAAGGUGUACACCACCCCUCUGAACCUGAUUGAGGUAGUUACAUGAGGCAUUUUUAUUCUGAUUGGGCUAUUAUUAGUGGAACAUAUGUGUUCAUAUAAACCUAGCAGUUGUCAUGAAACACAGCCACAGUUUUUUAAUUCAGACUACACCCGUCUCAGCUCUAAGUCUUGAACUCAGCGUAAAUCACUGGAGAUUUCACAAAGACAGUGCCUCCCAAACACUUCAUUCACUGGGCUUUAAAAUCAACCCUAUUUCCUUUUCACAUCCGUGCUGCUCUUAAACGAACUAAUCAACACCAAGGAAACGUUCCUACGUUAAGGGAGCGUGUUGCGUUAUAAUUUCAGAUGUCAGAAAAAGUUGUUUUUUUCGUUUGCUAAUGACUUGAAGCACCAACAGAAUCCGUGGACUUGUUAAACAGUUGCUUUAAUGCAUACCAAAUAAUAUUUAUACUUUAAUCUUUUUAAACAUUAUCUACAUGUACUCAAAGUAUACUACGAACAAGAAACAAGCACAAACUUGCAUUAUUUGGGAGAGAGAGGUCCACAGAUUCAGCUGGUUUUGGUUCUUGAUGAAAAUCAUCAGUUCUCAAAAUUGGUAGAUUACUUUUUAUUUUUAGCUAUAAAAAAAUAAGGCUCUUUUUUAUUAUUUAAAUCCUAUUAAUAUUAUUAUUCUGAAUGUUCUUAACUUUUUUUCUUAGAUGUUUCACUUGUUUUUGAUAUAUUUUACUAAUUUUACUAGUCUACAAUUUGAGCGUAGGCAGCUGGAUAUUUGAGAAUUUAUUCUGGGAGGUAUGUGAUGAGAGAUGUUGAUGUGUACAUAAAUACAGAUGUUAUUAUUGGAAUAUAAAUAAGUUGCUUGCUUGAAAUAAUUAGCAGACCUAGAUCAAAAAUGUUAUAGAGGCACUAUAUACUGGAGGUGAACCAGUACGCCUGGUGCUUAAAAUGUAACAAGCCCCACCCAUCUGGCAUUGCAGGCAGCCUAAACCAAACAGCCCAAGGAUAUUCGCUCAUAUGUAAUCUGACAGAUGACCUGGAAACGGCAAUCAAAAUAUAUCUCUAUAUAUAUUAGGGACUGCAGAGCAGAAACUGUACUGCAAUCACUGUGUUAAAGGAAAAAUCCACUUUAAAAACAUUGAUACAUUGUUUCUGUUUCUUUCAUUUCUUGACCUGUCUUCAGUUUGAAUUUAGUUAUUGUUAUCUGGUUAUAAUCAGUAUUAGAACUCAAUACGGCCUUCACCAAAACUUCAAAUUCAAAAAGAGUAUUUCAGUCUGAGUGUUAAAUAGCAACGUUUAAAAAUGUCUAGCUUCAAAUUCCUUGAUACCUCCUAUUGCACAUGUGUUGUAUUGCUUAAUUUGAAUAUUAAUAUACAUAUUAGAUCAUCUAUUUACAAAUAUCAGGUUUUGCAUCUGCCAAAUAUUUUCAAUCGUUUCAGAAACGUUUCAAAAGUGGUUCUUUUCAAAUGUUAUGCUAUAUGCUAUCAUAUUUUUAAACCUAAUAUUAAUAUUAUUAUUGACCUUAAAUAUUCAUUCUGUAACUUAAGAAAAUUAUCUAAAACCUUUGACAGAUUUAAUCAAUAAGAUUUGGUGGAGUUCUGAAAUCUCUUACAAUUAAUGUACAGGAAUGCAUUUAACCUUAACAAACUACCAGCCAGAUAAGGCUGUAAUGGAUCAAAUAAAAAAAACUAUUAAUAACUGUCCAAAUAUUUGUUAAUCCCAGAAAUGAUUUUACUUAGAAACACAGUUGCACUUCAGGAUUGAGCCACUAAAAAAAAAUGUCUAAUCAAGCUGUUCAGGGUGUUGUUUUCUGUUCAUAACUCCAAUACAUAAAAUGAAGUGUCAUCUGCAAGGAGUGAGAACUUCUGAUUGUUUAGCUGUUUUUUUUUUUUUUUUAUUUACCACCACAGGCUAAAUAUUCAGUGUAUCUUGUAAGUUUCUAAGCUUAUAUAUGGCCGAUAGUGGUAGACAGAAUCUUCUCCUGUGGUUUUUAAAAAAGCAUUAUGGGAAGAAAAAUUGUUAUGGAGAGAAUCGCAAUGUAGUUGAUGUCUCAAAGCAUCUCGUUACAGUAGAAAGACUGACAUGUGGUGGAUUUUUUCUUUAACAAAUGUUCCUUCAGAGCUCCAGUCAUCCACAUCACUCCUCUUUUUCACACUCAACAAGGAUUGUAAAUGUCUUAACAUGACAUGUGACUGAAUGUGUCUUUAACACUCCAAUAUUGUAUGUGAAAGCUAGAAUGAAAAGCAGUAGCAGCCUCAUAUUCACUAACAGCAAAUUUUCAGGAUUAGAGCAGCUCAUUGCAUUUAAACUUAAAGAAAACUAAACCAUUUGAGUUCAUUCUGAAACCUCUGCUCUUACUUUGGCACCAGUCUCAUACCGAGAUCUGUGAUAUACCCUUGUAGUUGUUGUUUUUUUUGGGCUGACAUGUUGUUGGCCAUAAACUGUGCGAAGCAUCGCAGAGUCUGUUGCUUCAAGCUACAAACUGAUCUGAAGGACCAAGAAUUGAGUCGUUAUCCUGUUUUGUUUCCUCUGCGUGGGGCUGCUGCUGCUGUUUGAAGUUCAUUCAUUCUAAUCACAUGUAGAUGCAAUUAAGUUUGGAAGCGACGGGUGGUUCUGAUGGUGUCCUAACUGUUUGAGAUUAAACACAAACUGCUUUUGAAGAUGGAA